AUGGAAUGGGACCGCGCGGCUGGUAGAGAUCGCGCAGGGGUCGUGGACAGAAUUGGCGACGGCACGAAGCACGAGACGCCCAUCGUCAUCGUCUUCGACUGGGACGACACCAUCCUGCCCACCACGUGGCUGGAGAGGCUGCACGCGGUGCCGGGCCGCGGCCAGGGACAAGCCAUGCGUCUCCUGACCGAAUUGUGCAACAUAGCCUCUGAAACCCUGGCGUUCGCGGAGACACUCGGGAGGGUGAUCUUCAUCACCAACAGCGCGCCAGGGUGGGUGGACCAGUCCUGCCAGCACUUCAUGCCGCAGCUGCUGCAACAGAUGCGUCGGUACGAGAUUUAUGCGAAGCCUAUGAAUUUGCCGAUCACUUUCAAGAUGGGCGCUUUCCAGAGGGAGUGCAAGCCGUUCCGGAACGUCGUCUCCGUGGGAGACGGCGACGCGGAGCGUGCCGCGAGCCUUCGGUUGCAGGCUGCCGUCGAUCGGAAGGCCACGUUUGGAGGCGUUGGCCAGCCUUCCCAGCUCAUCAAGUCAGUGAAGCUGAUCGACUUCCCUACUUGCCAGCAUCUGAUAGCACAGCACGACAUGCUGCAGGCCAAGCUGGCGGAGGUGGUGAGUGCGAACAGUUCCCUGGAUCUCAAGGCGCGCUUCUUGGGCACCACAGGGCCACGGUCGCCCAUCAUGGAUGUGCAGGGGCGGGACCGCGAGGCGAGCAGCUGUCAGCUGGUGCACUUCACGGCCCAGAGGCCGACUGCUGGCCUGCACCCCAGCGCCAGCACCGGGGCCCUGCCGCCGCUCAGCCGGGGCGGCGCCCGCGCCGACGCCGAGGUCCCCUUCGGCCGCGACGCGGGCCCCCGCGCGGCCUCCGUCGGCGCCGCCGCCGUGCAGGAGGCGUUCCCCAUUCCCGGCAUGAUCGCGGACGCGGACGAGGCGCCCGAGGGCCGCGCGGGGCGCCCCCUGCGGGGCGGCGCCUCCCCGGGCCCGCCGCGCGCGCCAGGCCCGGGGGACGUCGGCGCGUGGAGGGCGCAGGGCGCGCCGGCGGCGGGCGAGGCCCGCGGGAGGUUGUUCCCGUCGGCCGUGCCGAAGCAGAAGCCGGCCGCGGUGCUGUCGUCGGGGAUGGGCCAGCUGCCCGCGCCCGGCGGCGCCGCGUGGCGCGAGCCGCCGCGGCCGUCGCUGCACGCGUCCUCGCGCGCCUGCUGA